CUUUACAUCUGCGGAGUCCGUUUACACCUUCCUGCUGUGAGUAACGGUUAGGCGAAAAAACAUUAACGAACUCUCGCGAUACGCUUCAUUCUCCUUAAAAAGCGGAAAUCGUGUCCGGUGAUUCUGUAAGUGUGCAAUUUCAUCCUUUAUUAAAAUCGGAUAGAAAAUAAACGCAAUCUAAAAAGUGCGUACGCAACGACAAAGUGACAGCGAAAUCCGCUCGAGUGGCGUGUCUGUAGAAGCGACUCUGUUUGGGCCUGCAUGACGUAAUUGUAUUGAUCGCAGAAGAAGAGCCGAAAGUCGCGCAUUCGCCAUCUUGGACGAAUUGUGGAAAAGAAGUAUCUGUGUCUCUCAGGCGCGGUACAAUUGUUGAGACUUGAGACUGUAAUCCGUGGCGAUCCGUGUAUUGAGUAGUUUUAAACGGGACUUAACCCCUUUGUGAACUGGCAACCCAUUUGGACGGACCAAGACAAACGGUUCGUUCUUUGGGUCUGAUUGGUACUAAAUGGUUGCCUGCAGACAGCAUGUCUACUCUGUCAGGGAUUUUGUCGAAGGGGGAGAAAGGAAAAUCAAAGUUUCAAUCGUUAGAUAUCAAUAAUUUGUAUCGGGUAAGCAGGGGAGAAUCCUUAGAACAACAUCAACAAAAGAACACAUUACCGCGCAAACAUGGCAUGCAAACCCUCGGAAGGGUGCCCUCGGCACGGAGACCUCCCGCUAAUUUGCCCAGUUUGAAAAGUGAAACUAGCAGCAGCGAUCCAGCUGUCAGUCUUGUACCUAGUGGAGGAAGUGGUUGGGCAACUACCAAGGAUUCAGGAUCUUCAAGCACUAAUACUACUGUAUCUACAACAGCAACAGAUUCAAACACUACAAAUUCUUCACCAACACAAUGUGUAACGGGGUCGACUGCACCAACAUCUCUUCAUCCUUUGCUACCAGGACAACAAGGUACUUCACAUUCUUCCGAUGCAAACAACAAAUCAUCAUGGAGUGCAAUUAUGAGCAAAUCAGGAGAUGCAGUGGUUGGAUACGCGGGGCUCGUGGGGGGCGGAAGAGGGGGAAGAAGUGCCCCUGGGCUGAGUUUCCUUGCCCACCAGUCCCCGCAGUUCCAACACGAGUUUCCCAGUCUCAGCGGACAGCCCUCUGUCUCCGCCUCCAAUCAGAGCCAGACUCAAGAGUCCUCGGCAACAUCCAAUGCGAUCUCAGUCGCUGUCCAACACCACUCAUUGCUACAGCAACAGCCAUAUUCCCACAACCACUCAGGAGGUGCACUAAACAAUCAGCAGCAACAACAGAAUCGAGAACUAAAUGCACAGUAUGGUCCUGGACCAAGUCUACGCCCUCAAACAGAAGGAAGUUGGAUUCAAGGAGGCAGUCGCACGACGAGCGGAACAACACCAACAACAGGCGCUCCCGGAAAUGGGAAUACUCCGGCGGUCCAGGGCCCCCCAAUGGUGGGUCCCAGUGGUUCUACGGGACACACGGAGGGACUCGCUGGCGGGCGACAGAACUUGGGCCAAUCGCCCAACAUGGCUAUGGGCCAGGCAGGCCAGAGUACUUCCCCCAACAGUCAAGGUCCACUUCCUUCUGCUUCGCAUCAGAUGUAUAGAGGAAAUUUCCCAAGUGGAUUCCCAUCUCAGUUUUCACCAAACGUAGGAUCGGGUGGUCCACGGCCACGAUUCAACUAUCCUCCAGAUCGCUUUCCUCUUCCUCAACGACCGCAAGAACGCGAUCGCGUUCCAGAGGAGGAGAUCAUAACGCGUCCUAUUAUUAAAGAAGAAGAUUUAACAAGAAUGGACGAUAUCUCGCGUGACGCAGGCUGGGCAGCGCACGAUGAUAUUGAUUAUAACCAGAAAUUGGCUUUUAGCGAUGACGAACCUGAACCUGAGCCCCCGAAAAAGGAAGAAAAAAAAGAUGUUAAGACAGAAGAAAAAUUAGAUGAAAAUCAUUCGGAAAAUAAAGAUAAACCAAGGGACAAUCGUGACAAUAGAGAAACUGCAAAAGAUAAUCGAGAUCAACCUACGCAUCGUCCAUGGAAUCAAAGCACUCUAUCUCGAGAUUUACGUGGUCCUAAUGGUCCAAAUUGCUUCUCUACUCAACCAUCGCUGCAAUCGGUGCAUUCUUUGAGAGUAGACGCAGAAGACGACGAAGCGUGGAAUGAAAGACGCAGAUUGAAAGUUGAAGUUGCAUUUGUUGUUAAACGUGCCCGUCAACGCAAAGAGGAAGAAGAAAAAAGAUUCCAAGAAUCUACUAAACAAGCGGCAGCUAAAAAGUUACAAGAUUUGGAAAAGAAAUUACAAGAAAAACAAUCAAGACAAAAAGAAGAUGAACGUGGACCACCACCUGAACCGAAAGGUCUCAUUAGUGUUCCACCUGUACCUAUUCCUGUACCCGAAUGGGAACGCGAGAAAGAAAUCAGAGAACGUGAAAAUCGAGAACGUGAACGGGAACGAUCUCGCACUUCUUCUGAAGGAAAAGAUGAUAAAUCUGCUCGUGAAUCUCGUGAACCUAGGGACAAUUUAAGAGAAUCUAGAGACACCCGUGAUCAGUUGAUGAAUGAUCGACAGAGUGAUCGACAACUUGACCGGCAAAACGAUCGUCAGAAUGAUCGACAAAUUGAUCGUCAAAAUGAUCGACAAAUUGAUCGUCAGAAUGAUCGACAAAUUGAUCGUCAGAAUGAUCGACAAAUUGAUCGUCAGAAUGAUCGACAAAUUGAUCGUCAGAAUGAUCGACAAAUUGAUCGUCAGAAUGAUCGACAAAUUGAUCGUCAGAACGAUCGUCAGAACGAUCGUCAGAACGAACGCCAGAACGAUCGAGCAAAUGACCGUCAGAAUGAUCGACCAAAUGAUCGACCAAAUGAUCGUCAAAAUGAUCGACAAAUAGAUCGACAGAAUUUCUUGAGACAACCAGAUAUUGCUGCACGCAGCGAACGUGAACGAGAACGUGAUCGUGAUCAACGUGAUAUUAGAGAUCGUGAAUAUCCUGGAUUUUUACGACAUUUCCAAACUAACAUACCACCCAGAUUUCAAAAACAACAGGCAGAAAGGAGUGGUUCUGGGUUUAAUCGCAUUUCACCAAGCGCAGAAAGAUCAUCUCAAUCUGUCUCGUUUGCUCAACAAUAUGAUUCCGGAAGAUGGGGUCACAAUCAUAAUAAUUUAAUAGAUAACAAUACGAAGCAAUCACAUGCAGUACCACCACCCCGGCGAAGUAGAAUUGAUUCGGAUGUAUCAUCACCAUUGGAGGAGGAUCGUUCUUCAUCGCGCGACCAUCGUGGACAAUUAUCCAGAGAGGAUCGUUACCGUCAUCCUGCACAUCGAAAAUCAGGUGGUUAUUAUGACGAAUACACUCGCACCUACAAAGAUUAUGAUUGGGACGAUAGACAUCCUCGCGAACCUUGGGAACGCGAGAGACAUUUCGAUGAUAAGGAGCGAGAAACAAAUUUGGAUUCAAGAGAUGGUAGGGAAAGUAGAGAGAAUCGACCGAUUAGACAGAAUCGAGACAGCGUUGAAAAUCGUGACCGAGACAGUAAAGAAAAAAAGGACUAUGACAACUAUUUAAAGGAUACUUGUGAUGAACGCGAGCGUUGCGAUGAUAGGGAACGCUCCGAUGGUACCGAAUGGCGUGAUGAUCGUACUCAAGAGAGACAAACUGAAAAACGACGUGAAAUGCCACGCGAAGAACGUAUCGAACGUAAUGAACGGCCACAAAGACCGGAUUCGCGUGAUAGUCGUACGUCAAGAGAAUCGAAAACAUCAUCGCGCGACGAUGAGCCUCAUAAGUUGCGCGACUGUGGCUUAUGGGUAAAUGAAAUUUCGGAUUACGAAGAAAAAAAGCGAGAUCUUUAUCACGAAAAUAAUAGAGAAAGAGAGAGAGAUAGAAGACAGCCACCUGGUCCUGUGACUAAAGAUAAAUUAGAAGCGGAUGAUUUAAAGAGCGAGAAACGUAACUUGACUCAAUUGAAAAGAAAUAGCUCUGAGCAGGAGAAGAAAGAUGCAGUAAAGGAAACUGUAACUGAAACGAAAAAAGAAACCGAUAUCCGUAGCAGAAAAUCUGAACGUAUAACUGAAACAAGUAAUAGACCUGUAGAAAGAGGAGAUAGUUCUCCAAAAGCUUGGGCUGAUGCUGUAUCACCAACGUUUGAAAAGGAAGAGGAAAAGAUAUUGGAAACUUUUAAAGACAUAAACGAACUAGAGAAUGUAAAACAGAAUCUGGAAAAAUUGACUCUAGAGAAAAGAGAGGAUGUGCAUAUUGAAGAUACGAAUAAGGAACAUGUGAAAGAGGAAAAACGUGAGAAGAAUACACGAAAUAGGACAAGUAGCGGAAGCUCCAGUUCACGUGCUCGAGAUUGUCGAGGUGGACGUCAAUGGGGAGGAUCCAUUUAUACACGUUGGAGUGGUCAAGAAUCUAGAGGAAGGAGAGGUGGGUCUAAAUCAUCGGGUAGACCAGCAUCUGCUAGAAGUGGUUCCUAUGGCCACACUGAUUCUGAAAAUAGUGCAGAUGAAAUUUCUGGCUCAACCGAAUCAGGAAAAGAAGAGAGGAGGUCUGCAAAAUCGCCGAAACUAUCUCAGAAGAUCGAUAAGGAAGAACGUAACAGAGAGGUAUCUAGACGAGAAGACAAACGAACUGGAGAAUAUUCCCAAGCACGAAAUGAGAAACGAUCAUAUGAUGGAAAACCAAGUCGUGAAGGAUUUGCACCAUCCGGUGAACCAUCCAGACGAGGUCGAGGUGGAUUUAGAAUCAGAUCUUCUGGUAAUAAUAGUAAUCGCAUGGAAGGGUAUGGGCCACCGUCCAGUAAAAGUCCUUUCUCAUCGGAACGUAAUGCUGAAGAAAAACAGAAUACUACUAAACAAUGUUCAACAACGACUGCAUCGGAUAAAGAGACAAAUAAUCCUGCGAGCACGCCAAUAGAGUCUAGUGACGAUAAAAUAAUAGCGAAACAACAAGCUCUUACAGCUGGUAUAACAGGUAGACGUACAAAAUCACCGAAUCCACAGAGUCAACAAUCUAAUAAACAGGAUAAUCAUCAAACAUCUGGCAAUGUUGUAUCACAAAAGCCGCAUAAGAAGGAGGAAUCUCUCUCCAAGAGAACUCGCAGUGGAAGUAGAAGGGGUAAAGACACUCGGGAAUCACGUUUUCGUGGCAGCAGCAGCAACGUAUCGAAACAAACCUCGUCCGACGUAGGUAAUGAAGAAUGGGAAACCACAUCUGAAAAUAGUGAAGACCACAUGGAUGAUCACAAAGAGUCUCGUAAUAGUCGCAACAAACAUUUUAACGGACGUGGAAAUCAAAACUCAAACCAGAAUGCUAUGGGUGGUAAUUUACAUUCUCGUAGGAACGAGCAAGGUGGAAAUAAUCGAGAUCAACGUGAAAAGAAUAGCAAAUCUUCCAGUACGUCAUCAAGGGCACCAGGAGCGGAAAAACGAAAUGUUCAAAACUCAUCAUUCUGUAAUCAAAGAAAUCAGUCAUCUAUAAGUCAAUCCCAAAAUGGUAGAUCGAGGAGUCAAGGUUCUUCGCAUGGUGGAUCAAUGUCUAACAAGUCAUCUAGUAAUAAGGAAAAUACUGUAAAUCGUAUAGAUGAAAUCAAGUUGAAUGAACCAAAUUUGGUUAAUCAAGCCUUUAAUGACAUGAAUAAAAAAAGUCAAUCGAAAGAAAAGAAAAUAGUUGAUAACGCUUCAGACUCGAAUAAUUUUACGGAAGACGGAUCGACUAUUGUGGAAGAUAAGUUGGACUCUGAUGGUUUCCAAGAGGUUCGUUCAAAGAAAAACGUGAAAGAACCUAGACACUCCCAAAAAGAUGAAAUCAAACCAUCAGCGAAGAAGGAGAAGGAACGAGAACGAGAUCGUUCAAAAUCUAAAUCAAACAAUGGGUCUCAACAAAUUUCUCAACAAACUCAAAAUAUACCAUCAUUAUUAGGUCAAUCUAUUCAGCAACCAGUGAGCAUGCCACAAAAACAAUACGAUAAGAAUACAAAAGGUUUGAAGCUCCCACCAAGAUUUCAAAAACAACGCUUGGCGAAGCAGCAACAACAGCAGACAUUUGCUGAUCCAAAUGACGUAAAUAAAAUGAAUAGUUCUGGCAAUAAUAAUAUGAAAGAUUCGUCUGGUGGUCCAGCACCUCCACCUUCCGUGAAUGCUUGGGACAAACCUUUCAUCAGUCAACUGCGCUCAAAUUCUCCUUCUGCUGUCCCAGCUGACGUUCAAUUGAUGUCCGGCUUAACUUCGCAAAAUGAUCAAGUUCACGAAAAUAACGAGCAAGCUAAUUCUGGCAAUAGCAGUCAACGAAAUUCUCCAAGCGGUGAAAAAGCUGGAAAGAACACGAAAGAUCUCGUAGAGAAGAAUGUUUCUGAUGUUUCUUCACCACCGGUUCAAACUUUAAUCUUUGAGAAUACAAAUUACUCAAAAACGACUAAAACAACGCCAACUGAUUUAGCCAUGAAAUCCAAAUUUUCAAAUCAUGUUCAGAAACAGCAACGCGUAGACAAGCGCGUAGAAAUGGAAGAGGAAGGCAAUCCGAUGCAUCAACAUUCGCAACAAUCAUUAUCGGUUGCUUUCUCCAACAAACCGAAUGACCUUAUGAAGAAUAAGAACCAGGAGCCUAUUCAAAUGCCUUUAUCAUUUAAUAAGAACGAAGACAACGCCGAUAUGAAACUUGAUUUUACAUUCGACUCUGAUCUCUCGCAGUUGACAGAAGACAAAAGCAAAACUUUGGGAAUGACUCGGUCCAUGCACAUGAGCUCUGGACAAAGUACGAUAUCACCCUCAACCGCAGAGCUUAAUUUGAAGAUAGCUUCGGUAAAAAAGGUUUGGGAAAACGCCACUCCUAUGCCGACUGUAGUCGAACAUGAAGAUGGUGGUAAUGUCGUCAGUACCGCUAACAGUUUUCCUCAAGCUUUUGAGAACAGCGACGUCGACGAUAGCUACAGCCCACAUCAGCAGUACAACCAGAAUAACAUGAAAAAUGAAAUCACAACGUCUACGAACGUGUGCAAGCUGGUUCCCCCGCAGGUGAAGCCGCAGCAACAAUCCGCGGGAAGCAAUGGAACCCAACCUGGCUCUACUGUACCCGGUCCGAGUCCUAUUGGAGCUGGACAGAGUCCCAUGGGUCAUCCACCUGCUAGUCUUCAAGGACCUUUAAGCCCACCACCAUUCAAUUCGACUGGUCAACCUUCUCAUAUCAAUUAUCAGGAAUUUCCACAAUAUCCUGGAUCACAAGCUGCACAAUAUGGUAGCAUGUCUGCUAUACCUUCACCACCAGCAAUGUUAUUCAAUACAGGUUCUGGUCAAUUACCAGCACAAGCGGGUGGUUUAUAUGGUGCUUUCCAAUUGGAUCAAAGUCGUUCACCUUUCACGCAAUAUCCGCCCUAUGGACCGUCCCUUCAAAGUUCAUUCAACCAGCAAAAUGUAUACUUGCCACAGCCGCCACCACCGCCACCACAUGCUCCAAGUGCGCCAACUCCUGAUAUGUAUCCCAAUAAUUUAUCGCAAUAUCGUAUUACUGCUGCAACUGCACCUCCAUUUGGACAAAAUCAGCAGCUUAGUAAUAAUCCAAAUACGGUUCUUAUCAGUUCAUCAUCGAAUUCUUUAAUGUCAGCAAGUGUUAAACCAUCUUCUCAACCAAUUGGUGCAAUUGGUACUAAAGCGGCGCCUCAUUUUCAAGCACCAUCUGCACCACAGCCAAAUCAAUUACCUUACAUACCUUAUGAUCCAAACCAAGUGCUUAGUGUAAGCGGUAGUUACAUGGGUAACUCUCAGUUGGUGCAGAGGCCAGGCCCUAAUGUACAGGCAUCGGCAAAUAGUUAUUAUAGUGCUACAUCGGCUGAUGUAUUCCCGGGAUCGCAAACUGGCUUUUACCAGCCAGGUGGUGCCACACAACAAACUGGCACUCACUAUGGUCUUCAAGGAUUUGGUCAGCAUAGUCAAAGCUUGGCAACUGGAAGUGCAACGCCUGUUGGUCUUCAAAAUUUUAGUCCUGGAUUUUUGUCUAAUUCAGGACUACAGAUAGCUGCUGCUGCUGCAGCACAGCAAUUUCGGAACCCAACUGGAGGUUUACCUGCUCCAGCUAAUGCAACUUCUACAUUCCUAAAUAAACAUCAACCACAGGAACAACCUAGACAAUUAAAAAGUCCAUCGGGAAAUCAGCAAGAUGUUUUAGCAUCUGUCUUCAACGCAACGCCCCAAAUACCAUCUCCUAAAUCGAGAAACUGUAAACAACAAACUUCAUCGCAGCAACCGCAACCAAGUCCUACACAACAUCAUAAAUAUCAACAAUAUCAGGGCGUUAGUCAAUCUGCUUUGGUAAGCAGCUACAGCAACUAUGUAUUACAACAAAAUGUACGAGGAAUGGGUAUGCCACCACGAGCUGGCAUACAACCAUCACAACAACGCUAUCCACCGCCUAUACAGAGGCCUGUUGUACCUUUUGCGCAAGGUCCUACUUUGAAUAAUUCUACGCAACAACCUAAUUCCAUGCCGUCGCAGCAACAAGCACAGAUAAACAGACACAGACCAAAUUUACAUCAGCAGCAGCAACAACGAAACAUGAAGAUGCAACAACAACAAUACUAUUCUUCGCAAGGAAAUGUUAAGAUCGAUUCAAACGAUAAGACUGAUUCGCACAAUGACAAGAUCAACGAUGGGAAUUCUGGAAAUCAAUCAGGAGGCAACAAAUCUAAUGUGAAUCAGCAAGAUAGUGAUACCAAGGAAGAAGUGAGUCAACAAAAUGAGUGAAUGUGAAAGCUGCAGAAACGAUCCAUACACAACUAAGCGUUGAAUCAAGCUUCAUUAAAACAAAUAACAGUAAAAAAACGCAAACUAGUAUUUCCCCGAUCGAAGGAGCCAACCCAGAUUAUGAAGUUACCUUAUGUUUGACAUAUUGAGACAAACAGCUUGCAAGGUUCACGCAAAGAAAGAUUUUAAUCAAUGGCGUAUUAGAGAUAAACGAUUUGGUGGAAUUACUUUAUUCGAACGUGCGGUUUUAAUUUGAAAAAUACUUAUGCCGCGAAACGUCCUCGUCUCCAUGAUCGAUAAAGAAACAUGCGCUUCUUGCUAAGCAUUCCCAUUUUAUCAAUCUGAGAUUCACGAACUUCGUUUACGUCUCUAACGAUGAAUGUCGGACACGUAUCUGAAAAAAAGACGAAUUAUUUAGCGGAUUUUGCACGGGAUAAUCGAGAAUUCAAAAAUACCUACGAUCGUUUAAUGCACCCGAAUGAACUUCGGAUAUGAAUCGAUGUUCAUUUGUGUACUUAAUAGUAGUCGACGGUAGAUGACAUGUUAUAUAGAUCGUAUCUUUAAAAAAGAAAAAAAGAAGAAAGGGGGUGGGAGAAUAGAAUGGGACUGAAUUUAAUGUAUUUGUUUACUGUCUCUAUUGCCGAUUUACAAUACAGUACGCAAGGAACAGACGCGACGAAAGGUAUUGUCCAAUCGUCGUAUUAUUCGUAUAGCGUUACAAUAGAAGAGGAACAGUGAUGAAAAGGAAAAGAAGGAAAAUGAAUGGGGGAGAGAGAAAAAGAAAGAAAGAAAAAAAAGAGAGAAAGGAAAAAGGCAUGGGAGGGUAGAAGAAACUAUUCUCCGCGUAUCGGAAUAAAAAAAAUGAAGUUACUCGUGCACUUUGGUCGUAUGGAUUGAAAUGAUAUAUCGUGAUCCCGUUGCAGUGACAAACGCCGUAAAGUCGUGUAUAUUGGACAUUAUGGAUAUCGCAAGGUUAUGAGCAAAUCUGCGCAAAAGAAUAGAAAAAGCAAUUGUUUAUAUAUAUCGCACAGAUCGUGCCAUAACCUCGCCUUGCUCUGAGAGUGCUCUAUCGUGUUAGGUAUGUAAUGUGUACGGUAUUUUUUUGUGAAGUGCGGGAAGCACGAAAUAUUAUCGGUAUUCCUCGGCUUGGAAGUGUUCUGCCGAAUCAAGUGGAAAACACGCUAUAUCGCAGCAUACAAGUCGUGAAAAAAGAAUUGUAUAUUCUCUGCUUUUGUUGCAAUUUAAGCAUUAUUAUAAAAAUGAAGCCAAUAAAAAUAAACAGUAGUGUUUACAGGACUCUGUCGUUUUGCCAGUUUAUUAAUGCAAAGGUAGCAUAGCUCUCGCUCGAAUGUCGCGUGAAAAAAAAAAGAAAAGGAAAAAAGAGCGAUCGUUACCAAUGGGGUAAAAUCGACGAUCAAUAAAAACACAACAUACUGCCAGUCGUAUCGACGACCAUAUAUCCUUGAACUUUGGGGAUUUUUCAUGUUCUAUUCGUAAGGAUGUUAGAGAAUGCAAAGUGAAGUGUAUUACCGAGGAAAAUUAUGAACUGCUAAUACACGGGAGGAGUCGUCGCAACAAUUACAUCUUAAUGCGUCUGAACAGUGCUGAUUGAAGAGAUCAGUCGCAAUAUCAUACGAUUACUUUUCAUCUUAAAAACACAUCUUACUCUUAAAAAUUUAUGCAAUUCUCAAAUUAACAACAAAAAUAAGGUAAAAUACAAAUACAAUGCAAGAACGAAUGGCACGCUGCUAGGAAAGAAAUGAGGAUACAGUGCCUUUGAUGCACUGCCGCACAAAAUAAUCCUUGCUAACGUGUCUCACCAAAUGACUCGAAUUACGUCAUACAGACGAUACUUUAGAAUCGUCAACAUUAGACACGAAUGAUAAAAGCUCCAUUCUCAUACCGUACGCGUUAAUAUUAUAAUUUUACUCUUAUUACAAACAUUACCGAUAACUAUACUAAUUGCAUUAUCAUUUAUAACUUUGUCAUAUUUUUAUUAUCUUGAUCUUCGAUAUUUUUCUUAACCCUUAACACAUUCAAUUUUACAUUCUUUAUUUCCUUCUUUUUGCUCUACCAUUUUUGGUUCCUACUGUCUUCAUCUUCAUGAAUGUCAUUGUCAUCGUCAUCGUCAUGGUCACCAUCGUUGCUGUCAUCGUUAUGUCAUCGUCAUUACCGUUAUUAUGUAAUCUUGAUAAUCGUACGUGUAUGCUGAGUAAACGAUAAAAAUGAGAUCCAAUGAAAAGUAAGAUAAAUAAAAACUGUUAAAUCGAUUGGUUAUGACUUAGGAUAUUUAAACAAAAAUUCAUUGAGAAGAACUCUAAAGUCUAUUUAAUCAUACCUAUUAUUGCUUACAUGCAAAGUAUUUUUCUUCUUUUUAUUUUCUUUUGUUUCUCUUUCUUUUUCCUCGUUAAUUUUGUCCUGGGCAUAUCAUGGGUGUUUUGACAGAAAGAUCUGAUAUAUAUAUAUAUAUAUAUAUAUAUAUAUAUAUAUAUAUGUGUGUGUUACAUAAUAGCGAAAAAAUAAUUUUGUUACGAUGUGUGCAUCUUAUUUAGCGACAACUGAUUUUAAAAAAAAAUUAUUUUACAUUUUGCGUCAUACUACUUAUACAAUUUAAUUUAAACGCGUGUAAGAAUAAAAAUUAUAAUACGUACGACGAGAGAAUUAAUUCGACAUAAGUUUAUGAUCAUUUUUAUUUUAUUUAUUGACCUUCUAUUAUCUAAUAUUAUUAUUUCAUUUUGGAAGACUGAAACAUAUAUACGUUUCCCUCACCCCCAAAAAAUUAUACAAAAAUUAAUACUUUCUUCGUAUUAAUGUUGCCUGCUAAAACGAUUAAAACACCGUUGAUGACCGUUGCCUUGUAACACUUGUGUAAGCUUUACACGUGAAAGAACGAGAUGGACCCUUGAAAAAACCCCAGGGCGCCUAUAACUUUAUAUAUCUAUCCGUAGUUAGUAAUACGACACCAUUAACUUAUACGUUUACGUGCUAAAUUAUGUGAAUAAAAUAAUGAAUGGCAAAGGGGCUAUAUUAUUAAUUUAUAUAUGUAUAUAUAUAUAUAUAUAUAUAUAUAUGUAUGUAUAUGUAUUAAUUUAUAUAUAUAUAAUUAUAAUAAAUAGAGAACCCUCAGCAAAUUGUAGGCGAGGAAUGGAUUAAAAAUAAAAAUGUGUAAAACGCAAUUCCUGUGUGAAUGCAUUCACAAAAAUUAGUGAAAAUAAUUAUUAAUCACAUCAUUCAAAAAAAGAAAAAAAAAGGGACGAGGGUGCAUCGUGUUCGUCGUUUAAAAGAAUUUUCAUUUUAUCACAUUGUUGUUUUCAACCAAGAGACUGUCAUUUUAUCAUUCACGUGUUCUAUUAACUGACCGUAAAAUUAUUUAUUAUUAUAUGUACUCCGUAUGGUACACCAAGUUUACUAAUAAAGUAACAUGUAUCCUUG